CAUCGUGAAACCGUCCCCCGGACGAGAAAACAUGGACGACGAUACGUUGCGUGACGUGUUUGGCGAGUCGCCUGGCGGCGAGGAGGAGCAGCAUCCGCAGGACCAUGCAGAUGCAGAUGCGCCGGACGAGCCGGAGGACGCAGCGCCAGAUGCUGAAGACAAUGCCGACCAGGAAGCUGAUGCUGACGCUGAUGCGGAUGUAGGAAUAGAAGCAGAGGCAGAUGAAGACCAGCGCCGGGACCAAGAGGCAGAUCAGCAGCAGCAGCAAGAUGAUGACAGACCACAAGCCUUCACCAGCGGUGGUGUCGCUGCUGGUGAGGAAGAUCAGAACGAGAGUGAGGAAAGAUCACCUGACGAGCAGCAGGCAGCAGCAGCGGCAGCAUCAGGAUCAGCAUCAGCAGCAGGAGCGAGAGAAGAGGACGAGGGGUUGUUCGACGACCAUGACCAGCAUGAGGAGGAUGAGGCCGAGCCGGUCGACGAGCAGGGCGAGGAGCAGGAGCGGGACGACGACAUGGGGAUCGAAGGACAGGACGACAGGGAGCCGAGCUAUGCGAGGAUGGCCCCAAUGCAGGUCGAGGAGGUGAGGUGCAUACCGAUCCGAUUCAUGAUGUGUGCGCAUGUGUGAAUGCAUCAUGAGAGCAGGAGCCGAGGAUGGCUGUCGUGUCGAGGAACAUCCCCGUCAGGGACUUCCCUAAGCGAAAGCGACAGGUACGCCACAUCACAUCACCACCCGACCGAGUCUCUCCUCUGUACAUCUGUCUGUCCAUUCACUCAUCCAUUCAUGCGUUCAGUUGAACCCGCUGAAGCUGACGGCUGGCGUCAAGUUCGUGGGCACGCCCUUUGUGGAGACUCGUGAGCGCGACAAGGAGCGGCUGGACGAGGAGCGGCAGGCGCGGUGGGGCCGCCGGAGGCAGGCUGCUUAUGGCGGCAUGGACGCCAGAUACCCACCUGAAGCAACCAUCAGGUGACACCAUGAGAGCUUACCCCCACCGGUUGGUUCCCUGUGUGGAUGUGUUUGCUGUGCUUACUGUGUGUGUCAGGUGGCGGUUCAAGAUGGAUGCGAACGGGCAGAUUCUGAGGGACAGCAAGACGGGCAAUCCCGUGGUGAGCCUGGACCAUCGAGGAAAGGCAGCGACGUCAGUGCGGGCACGUGCACCCACGUGAUGCGUAUGUUUGUGUGUGUUUCGUGGUUGUGUAGCGGGAGACGAACACCCAUCUGGUGCGUUACAAAGAUGGCAAGUGCGUGCUCUUCAUCGGCAGCGAACCAUACCUAUGCACAGUAACCCACCGGCACGGGCAACGAAAAAAUAGACCAGAUGAGUGCCAUGUAUUUUGUGUGUGUGGAUAUCAAUUAGGAGCACAGAGAGGAGCACUUGCACUUCUUUGACGACACAGACGUGAGCAAGCAUCUGGAGGGGGGGCUGCAUUACGUAUGUUUGGUAUUGUGUGGGUGGUGUUGGCCGCUUGCCUGUGUCCUGCAGGGCGUCAAGGCGCUGCACGGCCCCGCCACCUCUCGGCUGACCCUCAAACCGCCAGUCAACUUCCAGCUGCUGUAACGCACACCAGAGAGACUGUGUAGAAUCUGAUGUUGUAUUCUGGGUUGUGUUGUGAUCAAUCUGCCAGGGUCAAGAAGCCCCAGACCAACAAAGGCAAGGUGGGUGAGACGCACGAUGGAAGGACGCGUCAGCCAGCUACAGGGUGCUUCGUUUGUGUGUAUGCGGGCUGCGUUCGUUCCAGGCUGCCCGUGCAAUCAUGGAGACCACUCCUGAGGAGGCAGAGGCCGCGCAGAAGAGGACAGAAGAGGUCAGUGCGUGGGGGGGUGGGGGUGGGGGGGCACAUCAAAGAGAUCGUCCGUCUGUCCUUCUGUCUGUUGUGUGUGUGGUGUGCAGCAACUGGAGGACUCCCGGAUGGCAACCGCCAAGCGCAAACGGAAGAUGCACGAAGCUGACGUACGCCACAGCAACCCGCCACACACACACACACACACACACACGUGUGCGUGCGUCUGUGCAGAUGAUGGACAGCAGCUUCCUUGAGGAUGAUUCGAACGACGAGGGCUCAGGUAGACACCUGAGGGAGAAAUGGAGAGAUGGGUCAAUAUGUGUGUGUGUGUGUGUGUGUGCAGAUACGUAUGAGAGAGGCCGUGGCAGUUCCAAAAGGUACACAGGCCCCGCUCCGCUCACAGGAGUUGCCUUGCAUCCGGCGGUAUUGUGUUGUGUGUGCAGACGGCGAUGAGGCGUCAGUUGUGUGCGAGGCGCGGCGUCCAGACCUUUGAUGUUGUUGUUGUUGCUAAAAGCGCUGUCGGUAAGGUCCCUCUCGUUGCCUGCAUGUGGGUAGACGAGGGGGCCCUGGCCGACAGGGACUUCACAGCACAGCCCAGCAUACUGCCGACGCGUGUAAACG